AGAAAAUGAUGGAAGGAAAUGGAAAAACAUCUGUACCUUCAGGUCACUACAGAUUUCGAAUACCAAAGAAGAAACCAAGCAGCAAGCCAGAGGAAGGCCAUGUUCAGUCCCCUCUGUCAAGGCUCACAGAUUCCCACCAUCUGGACUGCCCUUUACAAGAGUGGAAAUUAAGGGCAAGGAAUCGGGGCUCUUCUUCAAACAGGAAAAGACAAAGAGACUUUGACAGACAUGACUUUGCUGGUGAAAGAGCCAUAAUUGGGCAACCCAAAGUUAUGUUGACGAAUAUCCUGAGGACGGAAAUAGGAAGAAAAUACACACAGAACCAGCUUAUAACUGAUGCUAAUAUAUCUGACGAUGACAAAGUGCAGUCAGAUCUACCAACUUCAUCUUCUGUUGCCAGCGUAGAGAUUUGUCAAAUAUUAAACCCUCCUCUCCAAAACCUUUUUCAGUCCAAAAGGCAGCCCAAAGUUAUCUUGACAAAUGUCCUGAGGACAAAAGUUGGAAGAAAAUAUGCAAAGAGCCAUCUUAGCUUUGAUGCUAACAUAUCUGAUGCUGACAAGUUACAGUUGGGUCAACCACCCUCAUCAUCUGUUGCCAGCCUACAGACAUGUCAGAUAUUAAGUCCUACUCUUCAAAGUUCUUUUCUGUCCAAAAGGUACGAACGCCGCCCCAAAAAGUCAGAUGACAGUCUUUUAAAAUUAACUGAAUCUUCUGAAGAAACUGAAAGCAAUAACAUUGUCAUCAGUGUUAGAAGACAUGAUGCUCAGAAGAAAGAAAAUAAGGAAGCUGACCACCAGGAUAAAAGGAGUAAAAAUCUGAACAACACCUCCCUUGACUGGAGGGAAGCAAGCUGUCUGAAUUCUGAGAAGAGGAAAAGAUUUAGUGGCCAUCUUUCUGAUCAAUGUAAUACACGUUCUUCAGAAAAACUAUUACUGUCCUGUAAAGAACAAAGAAUUAGUUCAGAUCAGCUUCCAGACUGCAGAGGCUCUAGUGAGAGCAGCCAUGGCCACCAAGCUAACCCAUUUCAGGAAGAUAUUCCUCAGCUACUAAGCACAGAAAGUAAAGCAACAUCCAUCCAGGAUGAUGGGAAGCCUGCUGCUAGCUGUGCAAAGGAAUCCUGCUUAGAGUCUCCUCCCAAGAGUUGGUUGCCUAGCAAACUGAAGGUGGACACAUCAGAGUAUAUGAGGAAGUUGCGUAACAGAUGCAGGAGCAAUCGGACAUUUAUUCCAGCUGAGCCAAUUGUUCUUUCCAGUGAUGAGGAAGAAGGAUCUUCUGAACCAGAUCACCCAGAAAUGCCACAUGUGCAACCUGGGCAAGAUGAUUCACCUAACAGCAGAGAGAGCGAGCAAGACGCUGAGUCUUUGCCAGAGGAACCAUUGCAAGAUGUAACCGAAAGCAAAUCUGAACAGGUUUCAUCUGAACCAUGUGAAGACAACUCUUCCACAGGGUCACUUUCCAGCAGCGCACCAAAUGAACAAAGGGAUCCAACAUUAGAUAUCAAGUAUGCCACUCUGUUCAUCGGGAAAAUCAAAGGAAGAGCAACAGGCUGUGUUUCAUUCACUCCAAGGUACAUUAACAUCCCAUUUCAAGUGGCUUUUAAUAAGAUCAUAGAAUUGUCAGUGGAUACUGUCCACCUAAGAAAAUUUGGCUUGUGGAGGAGUACUGAUGACUCUCACUCUGAAAAGAGUAAAAAUCUCAUUCUCCUUUGGCUGUCUGCAGACUGUGUGGAACAGAUUAAAACCCAACUAGGAACAUCUGUUUCAAGGAAGCCAUCCAAGGCCGAUGAAUUCCUAUUUCUUGAACUAUUACAACCAUUAAUGGAACAAGAACAAAUUAAGCUGAAUGAGUUGAUUGCAGAAGUGAGCAAGAAAAACCGGGCACCCGAUCUCUCUGACUUGUUGUCUUCGAAGCAGGUGUUACCUUUGUUUAAGGACCUGUCCCCUGAAGACAGCUCUUUUAUGAAAUAUCACCAUACCUUGUUUCAGCAGCAGUUGAAGGAGAGUGCCUCAGUUCUGCCUGACCCUGUGCCUCAGGAAUCUAAAGUAAAUGCAGCCAAGCCCAAUUAUGCUGUUUUGCAUAAGCAGAAUAAUGGUCACUAUGCCAUUUCUCUGUCAUCUAAGUCAGAUGAUAAAUGGAAAGAAAUAAGAGAAACCGGACCAGUUGAGAAUUUGAUUGUUUAUCCUCCUCCACCUGCCAAAGGAGGACUGGGAGUCACGAAAGAGGAUCUUAAGUGUUUAGAGUAUGGAGAAUUCCUCAAUGAUGUCAUCAUUGACUUCUAUCUGAAAUACCUUUUAUUGGAGAAAGCACCAAAACAUCUUGCUGAGCGCUCACAUGUUUUUAGUAGCUUCUUCUAUAAGUGCCUGACCAGGAGAGAGAAAAACUCUGAGAAAGAUCCAAAGCUUUCGGCAGCACAGAGAAGACACAGAAGAGUAAAAACGUGGACUCGUCGUAUAAACAUCUUUACUAAAGAUUAUAUCUUUGUUCCUGUGAAUGAGGAGUCUCACUGGUACCUUGCAGUUAUUUGCUUUCCUGGGUUGGAAGCAGCUGUGUAUGAAGAUUGUCCGAACCAGUGCCUCCUACAGCCCCAUAUUAAGCAAUCUUCACUUCAUUCAAAAAAAGAGACAGAGGCUGUUAGAACCAGUAAAGUCCUGGUCUUUGGUGAUAACUGCAAGGAUGAAGAAGAACUGGAUCUAAACAGCAGUCUGCAUUUGAAAGAUGGUGAUCAGCAGACUACUUUGUCCUCUGCCUUGAAUUCAUAUAAUUCCAAAAGCUCCUUAAAUGAUUCCAACCCACAGAAAAUUUGUAAAAGGCCUUGUAUACUCAUCUUAGAUUCCUUGAAAGCAGGUUCCCUGCGUAGCACAGUUCAGAUCCUGAGACAGUACCUGGAAAUAGAAUGGGAAGUUAAACGAAAAACCCACCGGGAGUUCGGCAAAUCAACAAUGAUUGAUUUCUGUCCUAGAGUCCCGAAACAGGAUAACAGCAGUGAUUGUGGGGUAUAUUUACUGCAGUAUGUGGAAGCCUUUUUCCAGAAUCCUAUCAUUAACUUUGAGCAGCCCAUGCACUUGGAGCGUUGGUUCCCUCGUCGGGUGGUGAAAAACAAAAGGGAAGAAAUUCAAGAUCUCAUCUUGCAAUUGCACUUGCAACAGCAAGGUGGCAGCAGCAGCUAAAGAAUCUGCUCCGGCAAACCUGGAAGAGACAUUUCUGUACAGUGUGACUGGAAAACUGCUUAGCAGCACCUGGGCUGUGCCUGCUUUGCAAAAAAGGAAAACCACAUAGUAUUUUUGUUUGUCUGUUGGUAAAUUUGUUCCAGGACUUUUUGUUUGAAUUGUAGGAUGUGGGUUGAAGCUUUAUAGAUACAGUGUAAAUAUGUAAUUUAAAAUUAACAAAUAUUCACCUAAGUGAAUUUUUAUUUGGAAUAUGGGAACAGCAUAGAGGUAUGUGCCACAAAGAUGGGAAAGUUCUUUAAUCCUGUAGAGGCUGUUCCUCACUGUUGUGUGCACAUGCACACAACUCAGAUUUGAGUGAACAUAUAGUCAUCAUGCUUGGUGAGAAGAUCUCAUCCCUAUGUUGUAAUGCUCUGCCUUGCAGUUCUCAUAUAUAGUAUGAAUACCAUGUAUUUCUUUAUUUUAAGAAUAUAGUUAUGAAUCUCUUUAGAGAUAUCUCUUUUGAUAUAUUUUUAUUAUUAUUUGUUUAUAAUUUGUGACAUGAAUAGCUGCAGCUGCAUGCGCGUCAGCCUGUUGAGAGUUGAGCUUGCUGUUUUAGUGUUUCCGUCAUAAAACUUAACUUAUAAGGAAACUGAAAGCAUUUGCUUCAGGAUAAAGCUUGAAGUCUUUGCAGUUGAAACAUGGACUUUUCUUGAAUUUUCAAAUAUAGUUUUUCUUAACCACAGGUUGGAAAAAGGUUGUGCUUUUAAAUUAUAGAUGUAUCCUGGUGCAGUAAACCCUACCUGCCUGACUUGUAUGUCUUUGAUGCGAUGAGACUUCUAUCCAUAAGGCAAUCAGGUGUUGGUCUCAAAUUGUUUUUAGGUGCUUUAAUGAGAACUGUAUGCACAUGCCUUUACUCCAAAGGCCUGCUGUAUUCAGAGUUGUAAUGUGUGUUAAGAACCUGCGUAGGUAUUUUGGGCCCAAGCUGGCAAACAAGUAAGUCUAUGUUUAGUAGUUUUACUUAUUGGAGUUUUACUUAGUCAUGUUGAAUCACACUGAGUAAAAGUAUUGGAGGUUUGGAUUGGGCCUUUUAUGUGAUAAGCUAACAAGUGAUUGGCUAAAUGGAUAUUUAUGCCAUUUUCAAGGAGAAACUAGCCCCAGAAAGUUUUAAUAACCCUUUAAUACAUGGUCACCUAGAGUGCUUUCCCCUGUUCUCCAUUGUAAAGAAGUACAUUUUGCAGUUGCCUUUGAAAGGACUACAUUUUAAUCACAGCUGUAAAGUGACAUUUCAGCUUUCAAAGCUGAAAGUGAAUGGCAGAGCUAAAAUGAAAGUUUAAGGGAGGUCCAGAAGGGUGACAGAUAGUCCCAGUAGCCAGAUUCAGGAACAGAUCUUCAGCUGGUAUAUGGCACUACAAUGCCAUUCUCUUAAUUAGAGCAGCAGGAGGAGUUGGUCACUGCUGUUCAUUUUUUUCACUUAGCAUUAUUAUUCACACCAUGAGUUGCCUUACAGAGGGAAGAAAAAACAUUUCAAAAUAGGCUUAUUAGCUGGCUGAGGGCUGUUACCUUCUACCUGCCUGCAGUUAGCUUAACUGAAGCAGUCAAUACACAUUUCAGAGCAUAACUCCACUUUCAUUUUAGUUUCUUUUGACCAUUGAGCAACUUUUUUUAGUUUCAUAGAUCAUCACUCUUAGCCUCCAUAAGCCUGUGUGGCUUUUGUCUCCCUAGCCAUCGCAUCAACAUUACUAUAGACCUAAGGGAUUUUUUGUUUAUUUAUUGUUCAGAUGGAUAAAAGAUUAAGUAAAGAUAUGUGAAUCGUACUUGUAUACUAUGCCUUCUCAACUGAUACAUAUUUUUCCUGGUGAUCCUAUUAAAAUUAUAAAUACAUUUUUUCCUGCAUUACUAAUUGAUUCCCACCGUAAAAUAAUAUUUGUGCUUCUUUAGAUUGAUGUGUUUGUACACUUUUUCAAAGGUAAUCUAGUCUUUUUUAUUAACCAGCUUUUAUAACACCACCUUAUGAGACCUUUAUAGAUUAGCGAUGGAAAUGUGUAAUGGGAAUGCCAGUGUGUUUGAAAUUAAAAGGCUUUAAAAGUUGUGGACUUGAUUGUUCCCUUUCAGUUUUGCUGUAGAGCCAGUGAAUUAACUGUAAGCAAGGAGAGCUUUUCACUUUUAAUUCACGUUCCCAGUACAUACCUAUUAAUAACCCCAGUACUGGGGUUAUCUAAUUCAUUUUGAACAAAGCUGUUGUAGUUGUGCUUGAGUCCUUAAAAAGGCAUUUGAAAAGUUCACAGUUACUUGCUUGAAAAGGCAUCAUAUUAUUUUUAAGACGGACUUUUGGGGCCGCCAAAGCUGCUUUCUGCCAGCCAGGGGGCACAGUGCAGUUUUCAAAGCUGACUUGAGUGAUUAGCUGAGGUGUCACUGCAUCCCUGUACCUCCUUCUCAUGUGAUGGAUGUACAGGGUUACAGAGAGCACUAUCCUUUGGCUAUAUCCCUGCUUUCUGCAGUCACCCUUUACGGACCACUGCACACAGCAGAAAUUAGAGCUUCCCUGAGAAUGCUCUAACUUACCUUGUAGGUCAAACUGGUAAGCCACUUAUGCCCAUACAGGUCCUACCCCCUCCAUGUCCAAUGCCAAGCACAGGUUUAGCAGAUAUGCACCCUGAAGUCUAAUGCUAGUUUAAAGAGUACAGUUAUUGCAAAAUGUUAUACUCUGAACAUAUAACAUUGGCACCAGGGUGCUUCACUAGGUUUUAGAAAUUCAUGCUAUAUACAAAGUGUAGCUGCUUUUAAACCAAGAAUCACCAAACUUCGGCUAUGCUGGGCCAGCAGUGAGAACAGAUUUCAGAAAAGAUCAGUGGUGUCUUCUGAGAAGGUUUUAACACCAAUUGCAGAAGCUGACAAGAGCAACCCAGCGGAACCAGCCCUUGGAAGGCAUCAAAAGACUGACAUUGACAAAAUCAAGUGGGAGUUAAAUGUCUGUGGCCUGAUGAGUUUGUCAACUGGCCUGGAGAAUGUAAACCUGCUGUGCCCUCUCUUGGGCCUACCCAAGACUGAAUUUCUGGGCCUUGACCUUGAAAUGGGCUCAUUCCAGUGGACAGGUACUAUACUGUACAAGGAAGAAGGAGAGAGAGGGGGACAUGGGUGCACGGGACAGAAGCAGACCAGCAUAAUUCUCAUCUUAAUUGUGGCAGGAGGAUAGAUGCUGGUUCACAUACCCAAGGACCAAACACCUUAUGUUUCUAUGUUUACACUCAGUAGCCUAGAUUGGAACAAAGACUUUACAAGGGUUCAUAGAAAAUGUUCCCAAAUGAAACUAAUUAACUGCUGAAAAUGCCAUUCAAGGUGAACAUGCAGGUGUCAUGGUUUAGUUUGUGUUUGUUUAUUGAAAAUGAUAAACAGAUCAACAAUUUUAAAGAAAAGAAAGACUCAACAUUAGGCUUGUCCAUUGGAAUCCUUUUUGGUGAGCUACAUUUUGAAAGGUUAGAUUUAUCUAGUUGACUUUCAUUUCCCAGUUACUUUUUCUUAAUUAAAAUGUUUACAAUAAUAUAUGACUGAGAGUGAUUAAGAUGUAGCAUAAAGCAUGUAGGCCUAUAAUAGUGGUAGCCUGAGCAUCCCCAAUCUCAUCUAAUAUCAGUUGAGUGGUCCUAGUGCUGACUAGUGCUUGGGCAGGAAACCAUCAGGCAAUCUCUGGUGCUACAUGCACAAGGUAAGGAAGCAUUGCUGAAUGCUUGGCAAAUGCUAAACUACAGAAAUGGAAGUGUGGAAAGACUUUAUUUGCUCCUCCCUCCCCUGACCCCCCUUGUUGCUAAACUUGUAAGAGCCUAAAUAAAUAAAAAGUUUGUUUAGUGGCUGAUUACCAAGACUUUUACCAACAAGUUAAGACGCUGACAGAAAUGGGAGAAGAGAAGGAGCAGAAACUCAGGUCUUAGAAUUGUUAAUUGACUUGGAUGUAUAUUUUGCUUGUUUCUGUUCUGAUACUUGAUGAUCUCUUUUACUCCACAGAAAUUGUAGCUGAAACUUUUCUAUACCUUCUUUGUAUUUUUAAGGCUGAAAGUAAGAAUUUUUG